AUGGGUGGCAUCAUUGAGUUUGCCAUCUUGGGGGUGCUGGCAUUGGUGCUGGUGAUGAUGUGGGAGAUCAAGAAUAUGGGGAAGAUGAUCAUGGAUAAGAUGGAUGAGGUGAUCAAACCCAUCAAAGAUGAGAAGCCUACAUCAUCAGGUGAGAAAUCAUGUAAUGACAAUGAGAGCAAUGCCUCAACUAUGACAAAUGGUGAGGUUAGGUGGAGUGAAAUCAGCCCAUCAGAACUCACUCCUGCCCAAUUAGAACGCAUGGGUGUGAGAUUGCAUCUCACACCUGGUGUUAUGAGGUUUCAUGAAGAUCUUGUAAGAUCUUUAGAUUGA